AAUGAGAAACUGCGAUCUCUGAAAUGACAAAAACACCCAUUCCUAACUCACCGACGUAGAAAAUGACACAUGAACCGAAGGGUAAUUCUGUCUCAGAACAAAAAUCCAUGUCCAAAAUAACUUGCCAUAAAUUUCUCAGUUCCAACAUAUAACGGACGUCCUAAAACUGCCACCGCCACCAACUUCCGGUCCUAAAACACUGUUCGGUACUCAUCUACAUCUCUUGUUCCGCAUUUUAAUUCAAAUACAAGGAAAUAUCGGCUCAGUUUUGCGUGGAAAUUAGUGUUUUCCUUUUUCAAUUUCGCUUUCGUUUGGCAUGCUUCGGCUGAUUCGUUAGGGUUUAGAAGCUAAUUAGAAAAUGGCGAAAGUGAGACAUUCCAGAUUUCAAGCUAGGAAAUGGUCGACAAUGACGUUGAUACUGACGAUGUUAUUUAUGCUAACGGUGGUUCUUUUGAUGCUUUUGGCUCUUGGGAUCUUUUCUCUUCCUAUAAGCAACGAGGAUUCGACUCCUAUUGAUCUCACCACCUCCUAUAGGCGUAUGACCGUCGAAAGAGAUGGCGAUGGCCAGGAGAAGAGAGAAGAGCAAUGGACUGAAAUUGUUUCUUGGGAGCCUCGAGCAUUCCUCUAUCACAAUUUUUUGUCAAAAGAAGAAUGUGAGUACCUAAUAGCUUUGGCUAGACCUCAUAUGGUAAAGUCAACUGUUGUAGAUAGCAAGACAGGUCGAAGUAAAGAUAGCAGGGUGCGGACUAGUUCUGGGAUGUUUCUGAGGAGAGGACGAGAUAAAAUCAUUAGGAACAUUGAAAAGAGGAUAGCAGAUUUCUCUUUCAUUCCUGUAGAGCAUGGAGAAGGACUUCAAAUUCUUCACUAUGAAGUUGGACAGAAGUAUGAAGCUCACUAUGAUUAUUUUCUUGAUGAGUUCAACACUAAGAAUGGUGGCCAACGAACAGCAACUCUUCUAAUGUAUCUGUCAGAUGUUGAAGAAGGGGGUGAGACAGUGUUUCCUGCUGCCCAGGCAAACAUCAGCUCUGUACCAUGGUGGAAUGAGUUGUCAGAAUGUGGCAAACGGGGUCUUUCAGUGAAACCGAAGAUGGGCAAUGCAUUGCUGUUCUGGAGCACAAGGCCUGAUGCUACACUAGACCCUUCAAGUUUGCAUGGUAGUUGCCCUGUAAUUAGAGGAAACAAGUGGUCAGCUACAAAGUGGAUGCAUCUCGGGGAGUACAAGGUCUGAGCCAGUAUUAGUAAAGGAUUAUUUGUGGUGGUGAAUGGUGAAUUCUGUUUUCCAGACACAGUAGUGAAUGCCUGAUCCCUUAAAGUUAGCAUACAAGAUAAUUACAACUUAGGCUUGACAUUUUUUUUUUUUACUCCUCAUUUGAUGUACCCUUUUAACUUUUCUAACUAUUGGGGUAAUUUAAUUAGGAGUUGUUUGGACUUCUGUGGUCCUGAAGGAUAUCUUUUGUACUUACAAAUAUACUUGGGGAUAGAAAGACAAGCUGCAAUAGGUGAUGCAUCACUCUCAGUGGGUAACUGUAAACAAACAAAAUAAUGGCUGGAAUACAAGUCGUCUGAUUUUAAUUUAGUUUGGCUGCUUCUAUAAA